AUGUCUGUGGUUAUCUGGAUAAUGGCGCUGCUUUCGACAUCGCCAAGGCUCUUUGAAGUAUCUUAUGACGUUAGUAGAUCUGAGGAUCUUUGCUGCACCUGGAACAAAAUCUCAGGAACAAGGAGGACUUUUACGGCGCUAACACAACUGGUUCUGAACAUAGUUAUCCCUUCAGGGAUCAUGUUAGGCAUUUAUUUGCACAUGCUCUUCAAAACCAGGAUCCCCAAAAACCGUGUGUUGCCAAGCGAUCGUGCCUUGCGAACGCGACAAGGAAGAACCCGCAUGGUGAGGAUUGCGUUACUCUCAAUGCUGUCCUGCUGGUUGCCGUAUCAAGUGUUACAUCUGCUCUCCUCGUUUGGCGUUACAGAAAUGAACUUCACCACAUAUCACUGGACGACGGCCCUGGUGUUUGUCACCUCGUGCACUAACCCCUUUAUAUACGGGGUCACCAAUUCCACCUACAGACGGGGUUACUUCGAGAUUGCGUUAGGCUGCUGUCCCGUCAAAGUGCACGGUUUCUUGUCACGCCAUCUGUCGCUGUCACAAACUCACCAUGCUGCGAUCUUGGUUCAGUCUAUACACGGAAGGCUGAGGCCAGUUUCAGCACCACAGACUUUGAGACAGUCAAUAAUAUUGGACUUAAACCCUUAGGUCAGACAAUAACGUCCCAAUUUCCACUUCUCAUCCACUGUAUCCCGGAUGGCGCUCCUUAGUUUUGGCAAUCAUCUUCUGCUACCUGGAACGCAAUGGUGGUUUAACACCAAAUGUGGCACAAUGGGAUCAAAUUUGACAACAUUUUACAAGGUAAUAGACAAGGCGCCUGGACCAAUAAAACUCGUCUACACGUCUACUAGCCUGAUAAGGGACACAGGGGGAGGAAAUUGCGCAAUUUUCUGGGGCAUGAAAUUUUUUUCUCACCUUUAGGUUGUGC